UUCCCCCGCCCCCACCCCACCAGCAGCAGUGCGUUACACCACUGGCGCUGUACGAACGAAAUCUCACAAGACCAAAACCUGAACCUGUGGCCUUAAAUCUCUGAGCUAACGUCUGCCCCAGGGCUCCCAGCAAUCGCCGCUCGACAACACAUUCCUGUCCUUUGCAAUUACAACAAUCUCUCUCUCUCUCUCUCUUGCCCCCUCUACAGAUCUACUGCCUGUUCCCUGCACCUACCUACCUAGCUCUCUCUCUCUCUCUCGUAUGUCGAGUUACUGGUUUUUGCAAAAGCGUUUCCUUUCUGUAAUGCUCAAACCUAGCUAGCAGCCAUUAUAACUCCCUUUUCUUUCAAUUGACCGAAAUGGAGGGAGCCCAACGUACAGACUGAGACUAACCUUUGCAUUUCCCAUAAUCAGUACAACACUACCACUCCUCCUCCUCCAGGUCCUCCUCAUCUCUGACCUGCUGCAUUUUCUUGUAUAUCUUUUGGUGAAGAGCCUGGACGAACUGGGUCUCGAUCGUUCCUUUGUAAUUUCUUCAGUUUGAUGAGCUUUUCUGGUUCUAGCUAGCUAGCUCUUUGGGUUUUUGCUUAAUUUGCUGGGUUCUGGUUCAGCUUGUUUUGGUUUAAUAUACACGAGACCCAUUAUCAAAGUACAUAUAUAUAUAUAUAUAUUGAUCGAUCAGAUAAUUGGAGAAUGGGGAGGGGAAAGGUGCAACUGAAGCGGAUCGAGAACAAGAUCAGCAGACAAGUAACCUUUUCCAAGCGCAGGUCCGGGCUGUUGAAGAAGGCUCAUGAGAUUUCCGUUCUAUGCGAUGCUGAGGUCGCUUUGAUUGUCUUCUCCACCAAAGGCAAGCUCUUCGAGUACGCUACCGAUUCCAGUAUGGAGAAGAUCUUGGAAAGAUACGAGAGAUAUUCCUGGGCAGAGAGACAGCUUGUUGCUCCUCAUCACUCCCAGCCACCCGCAUGCUGGUCCAUGGAAUACCCCAAGCUUGCGGGUAGGAUUGAGGUCCUACAGCUAAACAUAAGGCGCUAUGUGGGCGAAGAUCUUGAUCCCUUGAGCCUGAGAGAGCUUCAGUAUUUGGAGCAGCAGAUUGAAACUGCCCUCAAAAGAAUCAGAACAAGGAAGAAUCAACUGAUGCUUGAAUCGGUGUCCGAGCUUCAGAAAAAGGAACGGGCGUUGCAGGAUCAGAACAACUUACUAGUGAGGAAGCUAAAGGAGAGUGAGAAGACACAAGGGCUGGGACAAAGUCGACCAUCCACCUUCACCAUGCAGCCCCAACUACCUCUCUCACAACCAUUGCCUACUUCUUUAACAAUUGGAUUUGGUGGCACACUUCAGGCAAGAGGAGGAGCAGUGGAGGAUGAUACUCAAGCUCCUCCAACUUCCCACUCACUGAUCCCUCCAUGGAUGCUGCGCCAAGUGCAUCAUCAUCAAUAAGAAUGCUGCAUCCUUUCUAUUUCCAGCUAGCUAGAACUAGUAGCUACUGCUUUCACAAUGCCAUCUAAGUGAUUGUGUAUCCCUUUGCACUGUUUCCACUAACUAACUAUAUAUAUAUAUAUAUAUAUAUUAAAUAUA